AUGAGAGAGAAUCCUUAUGCCAAUGCAGGAAAGAAUCCAGACGAAGUGAGUUAUGCAGGAGAUAACUUCGUUAGAUACACAGGAGAUACCAUUUCAAUGGCUCAGACACAGUUGUUUGCUUGGGAGGCGUAUGACAAAGGAUCCGAAGUGCAUCUGCAGGCAGAUCCCACAAAACUAGAAUUGUUGUAUAAGUCCUUCAAAAUCAAAAAAGAAGACUUCAAAGAGCAGCAGAAAGAGAGCAUCCUGGAAAAGUAUGGUGGCCAAGAACACCUGGAUGCUCCCCCAGCUGAACUGCUUUUAGCCCAAACUGAAGACUACGUGGAGUACUCAAGACAUGGAACAGUCAUCAAAGGACAGGAGCGGGCAGUUGCCUGCUCCAAGUAUGAGGAGGAUGUGAAGAUCAAUAAUCACACACAUAUCUGGGGAUCUUACUGGAAAGAAGGCCGAUGGGGAUACAAGUGCUGUCACUCUUUUUUCAAGUAUUCCUCUUGUACUGGAGAAGCUGGGAAGGAGACUGCCAAUUCUGAGGAAUGUAUUAUAAAUGAUACAGGUGGAGAAGAGUCUGCAAAAAAGCCACAAACCCUCAUGGAAAUGCAUCAGGAGAAAAUGAAAGAAGAGAAAAAGAAGAAAAAGAAGAAGAAGAAGCAUCACAGGAGCAGUUCAGAUAGUGAUAAUGAAGAAAAGAAACAUGAGAAAUUGAAAAAGGCACUCAAUGCAGAGGAAGCCCGCCUCCUUCAGGUCAAGGAGAUCAUGCAGAUCGAUGAGAGGAAGCGGCCUUACAAUAGCAUCUAUGAGACUGGAGAGCCCACUGAAGAGGAAAUGGAGGCCUACAGAAUGAAACGUCAGAGGCCGGAUGACCCCAUGGCCUCUUUCCUUGGACAGCAGUAACUCGUCAGAGAAGGGUAUCAGUACAGACAAAACAAAUAGGUUCUUUUCCAUUCUUGCUGGUAACUGCAUAGAAAAAUCCUUAUCUCCUCUUGCUGCCUGACUUUAAUAAAGCUUUGAGAUAUCUCAAAGUAAAUUACUUCUUUUCCACACUGAAGAAAUGAAGAAAAAGAAGGGGUACAUUAAGUAUAGAUUAACAUUUUAAUUUCCCAGCUGGCGCCGUGGCUCAAUAGGCUAGUCCUCCG